CUGCGUCUUUAUGACUUAAACCCUAAUUAGGAGGCCUCCCUGUCUUCUAUCUGCUGAAAAACCCUAGGCAGCUCGCCCACCUCCGCUCCCGUCUUCUCAACGAAAAUGACUCAAGAAGCCGUGAACCCGAAAGCGUACCCCCUUGCGGAUGCGCAGCUGACAAUGACGAUUUUGGAUCUUGUUCAACAGGCUGCCAACUAUAAGCAGCUUAAAAAGGGUGCCAACGAAGCAACCAAAACCUUAAACAGGGGGAUUUCUGAAUUUAUUGUGAUGGCUGCGGAUACCGAGCCUCUUGAGAUUUUGCUACAUCUCCCUCUGCUUGCGGAAGAUAAGAAUGUGCCCUAUGUAUUUGUCCCAUCAAAGCAAGCACUUGGCCGAGCAUGUGGUGUCACUAGGCCUGUAAUUGCUUGUUCUGUGACUACGAAUGAGGGAAGCCAGAUGAAAACCCAAAUACAACAACUCAAGGAUGCAAUUGAGAAGCUCAUGAUCUAAAAGCUUUGUGAAACUUGGUACUCGGUGUGAUAGGCCUCUUGGAUUGUGGUGGCCGCUCCUCUAGGCUUUGACUGAUGAAGUUGUGCUACUAGCCAAGCUUAAUGUUUGAUGUUUAUUACUGUUAUUGUGUCAUAUGUUGGUUUAGUUUGCAAGCUGAGAAAGAAACUCCUUGAAUCCCUGUUUUACUAGGACUCAGUUUUGAAUGAUGCCAUAUAACUUCUUGUUUGAGCUUGUUUAAUUUGUUUUCUUUAAUUUGAUGGAUUCAGCCUUACAAAAGGUGUUUUUACUUUUUAAUCAUGGAGUAGCUUGAUGGUUCUGGUUCUUUAGGUUGGACUUAAUCAUCCUG